CGCUUAUGGAGAAAAGUCUGUCUCGACCAUCACGCUCAAAGACGUCGACAUUCCUUAGUGAGACACAAGCAUCUGCGGGUGACGCGCAGCCGACAAGACAGCGGCGAUUUCCAAAGCUUUGGUUCGUGGACAAUCGACAGGCGCGCCUCUCGGCUUCUCGUUUCCUUCGUUGCAUGCGUUUUCGAGCGCCCUCGACUUUUCUGGCUUUCCCGACGCGCAACCUCCUCUUCAUCUUCGUCUCCUUCUGACAUAUUUCUCCAGGCCGCAUGUUUGAGCGUGGAUGGAGAAGCGCUUCAGUCUUUCUGACGCGACUUUCUUCUGGACGAACAGAGGCUGACGCGCCUCCUGGACGCGGGGGAAGAAGGAUGGACGCGCCUCCUCCUCCCCCUCUGGCGGAAAACACCAGCUGAGUUGCGAGACGCAGGACUCUCUCUCCCGUCUCGUCGUCUGUCUCUCUCGUCUUCUUUUCAGUGGAGGAUGGAGCUGUGUUUUGACGCGUUCUUGCCUUCUUCUCUCUGAGAAAGGAUGGCGCUUAUCAACGAGUUCCUUCUCGCCAGUCUCCUUCCCUCUCCAAUGUCUCCGCUACCGCGAGAAGGUCUAAGGCGCGUCUUCUUUCAGACGCGCUCAGCAUUUUCUCUAGGCAUUGGUCUCCCUGGGGGGAAGACGCAAUACCUGCGUCUCCAGACGCUGUCGCCUUCCCGCAGAGACCUGCCUCUUUCUUCUCGCUGGCGGCCGCAUGCAGAGGCGCCCGGCAGCCUCCGCAGGCACUGGCUGUGUAAGUCGAGCAGAGGAACAGCUUCGUCGCACUGCUCCAUCUUCCUUUCCGAACUGGCGAUUCCUCGCAGGAAAAACUCUCUCGUCGUCGAUCUGCCUCCCUCUUGGCGAGGUGCAGCCGGAGAAAAACAUCACGGAGAAUGCUGGAAACGGACUCUCAAAACACUCAGCUGUGAAGGUCAAACGAGACUUCUUUCAGCUGUGUCUCCGUCCUUUUCUUCGUCUUCUUCUCUGGAUCUGAAAUCGCCGUCUGCCUUCUCUGCUUCGUCUGCGUCAUCUGCUGUCUCUCCGGGUUCACUUCUUUCGACGCGAAGAAGACAGUGUUUGACACCAGCGCGUCCGCGCUUCCGGUCUUUCUCGACUGCAGAGAAACCGAAGGUCUCCUCUGCUUCUUCUCCGGAAAAGGCAGAGAACUGGAUCUCUGCCUUCCUUUGCUCUGCCGAAGAACUCGCACUCUCUCCCCGCAAGAAAAAGAAGCCGAACGACCCUCCGUCGACCUCGUCCUCUCCCGCGUCUUCACCUUCUUCUUCGCCUUCGUUAUCUCCCGCGUCUUCACCUUCUUCUUCGCCUUCGUUAUCUCCCGCGUCUUCACCUUCUUCUUCGCCUUCGUUAUCUCCCGCGUCUUCUGGCCGAGGUCUGUUGCCUCUGUUUCGACGCGUGAGUCGAUUGCCGUUGGAGGCCUCUUUGUUACGCAAUCUGAAGACUUUGGGGGUAUCGCAUCUGACGCAGAUCCAAGACGCCUGCUUCCUGCCUAUUCUCCUCGGCAAAGAUGUUGUGGGCGCCGCCAAGCCAGGCACUGGAAAGACGCUCGCGUACCUUCUGCCUCUUCUCCAGCGCUCUCUGAACGCGUCGCCGGCCGCGUCUGAGGACUGUGGAGACGACGCUCGAAACGGGGAGGAGGCCGGAGGUACGAGCAGACGCGAGGCCGCCAGGGAGAACGCGAGGCGCGAAGCUCCCUCCAGAGACGCAUGGGGGCCGUCGAUCUUGAUUCUCGUUCCGACGCGGGAGUUGUGCAGACAAGUCGCGGCCACUGUGUCGGCGCUCGCGCCUUCGCUCUCCAUGGCAGUUCUCGAUGCCUCCUGGGCGUCGGUGCAUGCGCAGGAGCGUUUGCUGGACUCUUUUGCCCAAGGACGAGGAAGGCCGCUCGACCUGGUCGUUGGGGCUCCCGAGAGGUGCGAGAAACUCUUUCUGUCCGGUCACCUGCGCCUGGGAGGCCUGAAGGCCUGCGUCAUUGACGAGGCAGACGCGCUUCUCCGGCGCGGCUACGCCGACCGAGUCGAGACGCUUUUCUGCCUUCGCUCUGCCGUCAGGAGAGAUGGCGAGAAGGACGGAGACGCGGGUGACGGAACACCCAAGAGGACCCGGGAGGGAAGAGACUUCCCUCGCCACAGAGUCCAGACGCUCGUCUUCACGGCGGCCAUGCCCACAGAGCUCCAAGCGAUCGUCGACAGUCACUUCAAGCAAGCAACCGUCGUCAAUCUCCUCAAAAAAACGAGUCUUCGAACGCCAAGCGAGUUGGCGGCAUCGGCUUCUCCACUCUUCUCGUCGCGCGUCGCGGGAGAAUCGCUGGAGCCUGCAGACGCCUCUGCGUCUUCCACGAGUCUCUGCAGCGACACAGUUCGACACUUGAAGUGCAGGAUUCCUCGCGGUCCGGAUUCUGAAGUUCGCAUGCAGACGCUCCUCUACUUGCUCGCCAAGGCGCUGCCGGCGGCGACCCACCGGCAGCGCGCGUCAGAGGCGGCAGCCUCGGAGUCUCGCCGCGAACAAGGAAACGUUGAAAAAAAGCUCGGCGAUACGAGAGGACCGGAGGAAGGACGAGCGAGAGAGGAAAUGCAUCCGCGGGUGGCGAGCGAGCUUCUGGUCGCCGAAGAAGACACACACAAAUGCAUCGUCUUCGUCGAAACUCAACAAGAAGUUGAACAACUCGCGCAGCACCCGUUUCUCCAGUCCUGGCGAGUCGCUCCGCUGCAUGCAGGCCUCGAACAGGAACAAAGAGACACCAACCUCAGUCGCUUCCGCAGUGGAGAGGCUCCCGUCCUGAUUGCAACGGACGUCGUCGCGCGAGGUCUCGACGUCCCCGCAGUGACUCUCGUCGUCCACCUCCACCCACCAGUCAAUCCGAGCACCUACAUCCACCGGUCUGGACGGGCAGGCCGAGGCGGACAUGUUGGAGACAGCGUUGUCUUGUACAGUUCGAGCGAGAGAGGGAAACUGGCGGAAAUCGUUCAGCAAACGCGGACGCGCUUCCUAAACCUCCCUCCGCCCACCCAGGCUCAGCAACAGGAAACGGCUAUUGCAAGGACGCUCUACGAACUGCUGGAGGUGAAGGAGGAGCAUUUUCGACCGUUGCUUGCUCGAGCAGAGUCUCUUCUCCAGACGCAUGGACCCUCUGUGUUUGCGGCUGCCCUCGCCUUCCUGCAAGGCAGGCAUCGUCUGCCGAGGUUUUCGGGAGCGCGAGCGGAGCUUUCGGACUCUGAAGAGUUUUCUUCUCGCUCUCUGCUUUCUGGGCGCAAAGGCUUUGCUGCAGUUCUCGUCUACGACCCCACUCACCAGGAGUUGGACAGCCCGGCGGCGGCAGCUCGCUAUCUCCGGACGCGUCUCCCUGAGUCUGCAAGACACGAUGCAGUAGGUCUGGUGUGCAAAAGCGUUAACGGCUACGUAGGCGACGUCGCGGUUGUCUACGCAAAUAAGCUCGUCGACGCCAGCGACGUUUUUUCGGCGGAGCGGCCGACAGAAGAGUCCUGGACUGGGCCGCCGGUGUAUCCACUCGAGGAACUCCCCAGGCUCGUGCUCUCGGAGGCGGCGAAGCACUUGGGGAGACGCAGACGCCGCGUUCAGCUGCCUUGGGCGAAAAUGAAACAGCAAGGUUCCGGCGCUUCGGCGAUUGUUCUGGGCGGACGGCGAAAGGGAGAAGUCCUCAAGACAGUUGCAGACAUCAAGCAACACCAGCGAGGCAUCGCGACACUCUGACUGGAGAAAUCAUCGCCUUCCUCUGCAUACAGGAAGCUGGAGAGAAAAAAGGAGGAAAACCGAAGAGAAAAACGCUGCAGCAGGGCCAGGAGGGAAGGUGAGGCAGCAGGAGCGCGACAGAGAGUUGGAGCGCGUUAGACGCUCUUUGCUUCCGCAUCUGUGUUUUCUGCAAGAAGAAACCUAUGAUGGUGAAAUGGUGGUGGAUCGGAAAAGAGAUAGGAGCUUCACACCUGAAAUCGUGAGAAGACACACGUCAGAAGGCUCUCGGAAAAUGCAAAAGAAAGUCAGGAAAACACGGAGAAAACGCGAAAAAGAUUUCCUUCUGCCCUCAAACAGCUGGUCGCCCUGGGCAGGCGACCCGCUAGAACUGGACUGGGCGGGGUCCCUAGUAUCUGUCUUGUUAAAAAAGUCCAGGUCACCGGAUUUCCGUUAGCUUGCUCUCAGUGUCGCGAGUUUGUCUCUCUUCAGUCACAGCUGUUGCAGUGGAGACGCGUCUCAAUACGAGCCUUCUGCUCUAACCAAAAAGUAGUCUUGUUCGUAAAGUACGCCUAGAACGUCACCGACGUGGAGUAACCUUGAUGUCGUAGAAUGUCGGCAUCCGCC